UGGAAAUAACGUCCAUAGUCUACUAAGCAUCUCUAGCUAGUAAGGGAAAUCACUGGUAGGAAUGGGGCACCUGCUUGUUCUGCUCCUCUGUUCGUACAUUGUCCUAGGUUCUGCUACUCAGGUCCCAACCACUGAUGCAGAUUGUAAUGACGUCAAUACAUUUGAGGCAGUAGAUGAGGCACUUAGGUCCUACAACAACGCAAAAGGAGAAGGUAAUCAAUUUGUUCUCCACAGAAUAACAGAUGCCAAAUUAAAGCAGGAUGAAGGAGAUGGCCAGAUGCAUUAUUUUGUUGAGCAUGAAAUCCAUGAAGGUUCGUGUGGAGUGAAGAGUGGUAAAACGUGGCAAGAAUGUGCAUUCCUGGCAUCUAAAGCAGAUCGGGGCAAGUGUUCAGCACACGUUAUAGUUAACAAAGAACUGAAGGUCAGGAGUGUGGUGUCUCAGAACUGCAGCAGCACUAAAGAUUCAUUUCCAGUGGAGCCUCCUGUGACGGCUGUUCAUCACCAGUGCCUUGGGUGUCCUCAACCAAUAGACUUGAACAAUGAGGAGUUACUGCACUUCGUACAUUCUACUAUAGAAAAAAUGAACACGGAGGGAAGCCAUCCAUUCUACUUUGAUUUUGAGACUAUAGUGAAUGCCACUAACCAGGUGGUGAGGGGAUGGAAUUACAAUAUAAAUUACCUUAUCAGACAAACAAACUGCUCCAAAACAAACUUUACAAGCAAACAUUUUGCAGAAUGCCAAAUUGACAAAAAUGGAGAAUCCGGUGAAUGCGCUGUGCAACUGUCUAUAACCUCCAAUGGCCAAGUUAAUGACCUUCAGAUGGAAUGUAGAUCAAAGACUGGAGUUUGCCUGAAUUGUCCUGUACCAGUGGAUUCUCAGGAUCCUGAGAUUCUAUCUUUGUUAGUACAAGUAAUGGAUGAAUACAAUUCCAACAGCAGCCAUAUAGAGGAACUUUAUAGUAUUUCCAGUGUUCAAUAUGCUACAAAAAAGGGUUUUUACAGACUAUUAUAUGAAUUGACUUUUACUAUAAAGCCGACCAACUGUUCUAAGCCAAACUAUACCAUACUGGCAGAUGAAUGUGACUUCAUACCAGAUGCUGAUCAUCAGUCUUGCAGUACAGAAAUUAGCGUUACAGAGGAGAUGAUGAAAGUUCUUUCAGCUCCUGAAUGUCACCAGGCAAGAAAUUUUUCUUUACGUAUAGGGGGAUUUUCUCCUUUUCGCAAGGCUUCAAAGAACAUUAAAAAUAACAUUGUGAAACCCUCCAAGUCUUUAAAACCACUGCAGCAAUCAAGAGAAAAUAGGCAUGGACAUAAUAAUAAAGAACAAAAACAUGGAAAGAAAGAGAAAAAAGACAAACGCAAACCUAAACAUGAUCAUAAAGAUGUUGACACCUCAGAGGAACCAGAAGGCACCAUUAAUAAAUCCACUCAGGACUUCGGAAAUUCACAUGAACUUCCUGUGCAUACCAUUCAUCAGGAAGUUUCCUCAAACUCAAGAUGCCCUGGCAAGGUGUGGCAACCGAUAACUUUAAUUCCAGAGAUGCCUACAGUUAAAACAUUUAGCAUCGAUGAUCUUGCUUUUGCCGUUGAUGAUUUAACACCUCUGUCAGGACAAGACACAGAAAAGAAUGAGCCUGAUCUCCAAAAAGAAAUAUCGCUUUUUAAUGAUGAAGACCUGUUAGAUUAAACCAACCAUGAAAGAACAUGAAAAUAAACCAAUGAAUGAGAACACAAAUGUCUAAGCUGCAGUUUUGCGCCAUUUAUAUCUUUAAAGCCAUCUCUACAAAAUAGUAUAGCUGCUAUAAUAAAUCCAAUUGCAAACAAA